GAUUUGCAGGUAUUCAUGCAACUCAAGAACAAUAUAAACACUUCUAACAGUUGGAAGGCACUCAGAAACUGCUGGAGGUUGAAGAGCAAAUGAUCUGUGUAAACAGCCCUGAAAAGACGCCUGGGUACAGGAAGCCAAAAGAACUGAACAUUGCCCUUUUACUCUCAAGGCUUUAUUCCACCCCUUCUAUGCUUACGACACCCUCUCUAGCGAAAUCUAUAUUUUAAAAAGGGAAGCAUUUGCUGUGCAUGGACAUGUGCUUUAUUGUACUUUGAGUACUACAACAAUGGCAUUUUCCACCCUAACACCAGUCUUUAUAGCAAUAAUCUGUGUAUUGAUUGGAAUCAUUUUGAAAGGCAGCAGGAAAAGGACCAAGAAAUUAGAAAGCAAACCCAGCCAGAAGGCUGAGUCUCGCCCAUGGGUGGAUGAAGACUUAAAGGACAGCACUGACCUUCAAGGAGGAGAAGAAGAUGAUGGUGGUGAAUGGCAAGGCUUAGAUGACAACAUUGACCACAUCCCGUUCAUGACCGAACGUUACUCUGAAGAAGACAUGGUUAAAAGAUCAAAAGCUUUUUAUGCCCUUCUCAAUAAGAGACGGUCUGUCAGGUUUAUAAGUGAUGAACCAGUUCCAAGGGAGGUCAUUGACAAUGUGAUUAAAGCAGCAGGAACAGCUCCCAGCGGAGCUCACACAGAGCCAUGGACCUUUGUAGUAGUACAAGAUCCAGAAAUAAAGCAUAGCAUCCGGGAGAUCAUUGAAGAGGAGGAAGAAAUAAACUAUAAGAAAAGAAUGGGAGACAGAUGGGUUAAUGACUUGAAAAGACUGAGGACAAACUGGAUCAAAGAAUACUUGGAUACAGCUCCCUACUUGAUCCUUAUUUUCAAGCAGGUGUAUGGAAUGCUUCCAGAUGGAAAAAAGAAAACCCAUUACUACAAUGAGAUCAGUGUUUCUAUUGCCUGUGGCAUUCUCCUCGCUGCACUACAGAAUGUGGGACUGGUGACAGUGACUUCAACACCACUGAACUGUGGUCCACGCCUGAGGGUGUUGCUCCAGCGCCCGGUGAAUGAAAAGCUACUUCUGCUGUUGCCUGUUGGGUACCCCAGUAAAGAUGCCACAGUGCCUGACUUGAAACGAAAGCCAGUGGAUGACAUUAUGAUGGUUAUAUAAAUAUGGCAUGGAGCAGUUGGGAAAUGAUCCUGUAAUUUUUCACUGAAAAUAGUGAGCAGAAUGUUAAUUUUCUUUGGCCAUUUCUGAGUCAAUUCAUACAUGCAUCAGCCUUCUCCUUGCAAACAUCCACAAGUUUAGGGAUACCUGCAAUCCCAGAGACAAUGAUGUAUAUGACCCAAAAACACUGUAUUUAUCUGAAGAAGAAAUGCAUGUACAUGAAAGCUUAUACCCAGAAUAAAACUCGGUUGGCCUUAAA